AUGCAGCAAGAAGAAAAAUCUAUUGUUGAAUUAUUAAAAUUAAACUAUAAUCUUUUUUACGAAAAUAGACGGUUUAUCCCAACUAAUCCAAUAUUCGAUGGUGGAAAGCUGAAGUUGGAAAAAUACUCUGGAGAUUUAUUAGUCUAUAAGCCAAUUAAAAAUGACGUAAAUUUUUAUGAAGACUGGGACAUUUUCGAAAAAAAAUUUUUGGCAUUAAUUACACAGUCUUCCAAACCUAUAAUGUCUCAACAGAAAACAUUUAAUCUAUCGAAAAACGAUAUAGGACUAUUUAUUCCAGUUUUAACGAUUGAAUAUCACGGCGAGCCCAAUGAUUCUUUCCAAUCUAUUAUAAAUAAAACAUCGCAAUCAAACGAAUCAGAUUUUAGAUGGAUUGGUGAAUUUUUUGCGAAAAAAGUUUUAGUUGGUGGAGCCUUAAUAAUAAAAAGUGCUUCUCAAUAUUCAUAUGUAUCUUUGAAACAAUUAAAGUCAUUAAUUAUUAAGUCAAUCAAUAAAUUUCGAUAUGGUAACAAAAAUUCCCUCCAAAAGACGGUGACAGAUUCGGAGCAAUUGUCUAUUUCUAUUGAAGACUUUAACGGAAAUUUAUUAAAAAAUACAGAAAUGUUGGAAACACAUAUGGGAGUGUGCUCUGCCUCCAUUUAUCAAUUAAAAAAAGAAGAGUUAUUGUUUGGAAUCUCCAAAGAGGAUUUCUCUAUGGUUCUGAAAAAUGGUUCUUUCCUGGGCAUG